UCACCACUGUUAAACUAAGCACAUGUUGCACAACAAUCACAAUUGAUAAGCCAAAAAGGGAAGCGGAGUCCCGGACGGGGAGAGGAUUCCUUCCAGCUCUCAGGUCUCAACCAACUUAGGCAGUGCACGCCCACCGGCUAGCUGCAGCUUAUCUUACACAGACACUCAAACAUUUAUAAGCCAGACUCUUCCUCGCUCUGCCCGCCCGCGUAUACCAUUCCCGUCCGGUUGUUCCGCUAAACCAAACCAGUGGGCACCCUCUUCUUUAGCCUCGAGUUGCUGCUGGCGCCGAUGGCUGCUAAUGACCCGAGAGCGGUGGUAACCACCGCGCCGUCGUCUUCCGGGUCCUAUUCCUCGGCGUUCCUGCCGCCGCCGUCGCCGUCCGACGGGGACCUGCUCCGCUCGCUGCACCGCCUGGCGCGCGACCUCUCCGCCGUCGAGACGCCCGCGCCGUUCCUGCGCGCGGCGUUCGCGUCCAUAUCCCGGCGGUCGAAGCUCCUCGCCGCCGCCUUUGACGACCUGCUGCUGUGCGCCGCCGCCGCGGGGGAUGGCCUGCCGCGGUCCGCGUCGCUGUGCCUGCGGGAGGUGCUCCUGGUGCUGCAGCGGUUCAAGGCCGUCGUGGCGGACUGCGGCGCGCGGAGCCGGAUGCGGCUGCUGCUGCAGUCGGACGAGACGGGCGCCGAGCUGCGGGACCUGCACCACGACCUCGCCACGAUGCUCGACCUCUUGCCCGUCGCCGAGCUCGGGCUCGCCGACGACGUCGCGGACCUCGUCGCCCUCGCGUCGCGCCAGUGCCGCCGCUGCUCGUCCUCGUCCCCCGCCGAGGCGGAGCCGCUCAAGACGAGCAUCCUCUCGCUGAUCGAAGAAAUCGAGCGCGAGAUCGUGCCGGAGCGGGAGCGGCUGGAGGAGAUCCUGGAGGAGGUGGGCAUCAACGACCCGGCGAGCUGCAGCGACGAGAUCGAGAGCCUGGAGCGCGAGAUCGGCGACCGGGCGUCGGAGAGAUGGACUUCCUCCAUGAUCGCCCUCGUCGGGCUCCUCCGCUACUCCAAGUGCGUCCUGUUCAGUGUUGCCACGCCCCGGCCUUCAGAUUCCAAGGCGGACAUCGAGCUCGAAGACGGGGAAGAGUCACCGGCGCCUCCUCCGGACCUCCGGUGCCCCAUCUCUCUCGAUCUAAUGCGCGACCCAGUCGUCGCCGCGAGCGGCCAGACCUACGACCGCGAGUCGAUCGGCCGGUGGUUCGGCUCCGGCAAGUCAACGUGCCCCAAGACGGGGCAAGUCUUGGCCAAUCUGGAGCUCGUGCCCAACAAGUCCCUCAAGAAUCUCAUCUCCAAGUGGUGCCGGGAGAACGGCGUGGCCAUGGAAACCUGCGAGGCCGGCAAGGGCGAGCAGGCCCAGGCGGUGGCCGCGAACAAGGCGGCGCUCGAGGUGGCGCGCAUGACGGCGUCGUUCCUCGUGAAGAAGCUCUCCGUCUCCUUCUCCCCCGAGGCGGCCAACCGCGUCGUGCACGAGAUCCGGCUGCUCUCCAAGUCCGGCCCGGAGAACCGCGCGUUCGUCGGCGAGGCCGGAGCCGUGCCUCUGCUCGUGCCCCUGCUCUACUCCGAGGACGCCGGGCUCCAGCUCAACGCCGUGACCGCGCUGCUCAAGCUCUCUGCCCUCGAGGCCAACAAGAAGCGCAUCAUGCACGCCGAGGGCGCCGUGGAGGCGGUCACACACAUCAUGGGUUCCGGCACGACGUGGCGCGCCAAGGAGACCGCCGCCGCCACCGUGGUCAGCUUGGCGUCCGUGCAUUCGUACCGCCGCAGGCUCGGCCGGAACCCGGCUGUCGUGGAAAAGCUUGUGCAUCUCGCGCGCGCCGGCCCGCUGAGCACGAAGAAAGAUGCGCUGGCCGCGCUGCUGUUGCUCGCGGGCGAGAGGGAGAACGUCGGGAAGCUCGUGGACGCUGGCGUCACCGAGGUGGCGCUGUCCGCCAUUAGCGACGAGGAGACGGCCGCGGCGGUGCUGCAGGCAUUGGCCAAGCGAGGAGGCGCGGACGCCAUCGUCAGCAUCGACGGCGCCGUGGCACGCCUCGUGGUGGAGAUGAGGCGCGGGACGGAGUGGGCCAGGGAGUGCGCCGCCGCUGCGCUUGUGCUGCUGUGCCGGCGCCUGGGCGCGCGAGCGGUGACCCAGGUCAUGGCCGUGCCCGGCGUCGAGUGGGCGAUAUGGGAGCUCAUGGGCACCGGCACGGAUCGCGCGAGGCGGAAGGCCGCGUCGCUCGGCAGGAUAUGCCGGCGGUGGGCGGCCGCUUCUGCUGCCGACGGGGAGCGAAGCGCCGAGUGCCCCGCGUCCAGCCUGGUGCCUCCGGCAAUGAUGGCUUCGUAAAAUUUUACACGCAUUGCCUCCUAGGACUAUAAGAUUUCUUCCCCACUUCUUCCUGUACAAAGUUUGAUUUAGGCUGUCACGAUUCUUUGGUCAGGGAGAUAGAUAAUGGUGAGUGGUUGAUCAACUGUGUAUAUUGAGCUCUACAUCGAUGUAAUUCCUUCUGUUUCUACCAAAAUUAAACUCUUUCUAUGCUGGAAAGACAUACAUACAGAAAGUAUACAAGCGGCAAAUUUGAUCCUCCA